GAGCUGCGUAACUGAGAGGCGGCGCGUCCCCAGCGGCUGCACAGCCUUCCCGGUAUUCCUGCGGCGGCGCGACGGACUGCUGUGACAGGUGAAUCAUUCUACUGCAACCUCGGAUAGCUGAUGGAGCCUGUACGCAUCUUACGGUCCUUAUGCGGCCACAAGAUGAUACGACAGCGGAGAUGGGGCGCGAACGAGACAUGGUUGUCGGCAUGUUGUCGAGGACUGCAGCUGCUGAUAGCUUCCUGAACUAACUGACCUGCCCGCAUAUCAAUUUGAUUCUUUCUGGAAGUGAACUGGUGCUGUGCGACUGGAAUAAUACAGUUGCUGUUCCGCCUCGUUGAUAUCCGCCAGUCAGUUGAACGCGAUUUUGAGACGGUUGCAGUGUAGUUGCGACCCUUGUUGUUGGAGCCACUCGAGCACCUGAACACUCAGGAGGUGAAGCAUCGAGAGGAGAGGAGCCGCCAUGGCCAACACGAGCGACUUCGUGGGCCUGUUUCUCAACUCGACGGCGUCGUCCUCGACGCUGGGCAUCUCGGAGGCGGGCAGCAGCCUGUCGACGACGCUGCUCGCCGACGACGCCAACUUCUCGACGCCCGCGGACGCCAUCGACCUGGGCGCCGGCCACCCCGGCAUGAUGGGCAACUUCUCGUGCGACAUGCACCAGCCGACGCUGUACACGGUGACGCAGUUCCUGUACGGCAUCGUGUGCAUCGUGGGCCUGCUCGGCAACACGCUCGUCAUCUACGUGGUGCUGCGCUUCUCCAAGAUGCAGACCGUCACCAACAUGUACAUCGUCAACCUCGCGGUCGCCGACGAGUGCUUCCUCAUCGGCAUCCCCUUCCUCCUCAUCACCAUAAACCUCGGCAACUGGCCAUUUGGGGACGUCAUGUGUAAGGUUUACAUGACAACGACGAGCAUCAACCAGUUUACGAGCUCCAUUUUCCUGACCAUCAUGAGCGCCGACCGCUACAUCGCAGUCUGCCAUCCCAUAUCAUCUCCCAAGAUCAGGACGCCGCUCAUAUCAAAGGUGGUGUCCCUGAUGGCGUGGACCGCGAGCGCCCUGCUGAUGGUGCCGGUCAUCAUGUACGCGCGGACGCUCGCUCAGGAGCCCAACAGCUGCAACAUCAUCUGGCCCGAGAGCGGCAACCUGAGUGGGCAGACCGCCUUCACGCUCUACUCCUUCGUGCUGAGCUUCGCCGUGCCGCUGCUGCUCAUCUUCGUCUUCUACUUCCUCGUCAUCCGGAAACUGCGAACGGUGGGGCCGAAGAACAAGAGCAAGGAGAAGAAGCGCUCCCACCGCAAGGUCACCAAGCUGGUGCUGACCGUCAUCACGGUGUACGUGCUUUGUUGGCUGCCCUAUUGGAUCACGCAGGUGGCGCUCAUCUUCACACCGCCCAACCAGUGCCAGCCGCGCGUCGCCAUCACUAUCUUCCUCCUGGCGGGCUGCCUCAGCUACUCCAAUUCAGCCAUGAACCCCAUUCUGUACGCAUUCCUCAGUGACAACUUCAAGAAGAGCUUCCUGAAGGCUUGCACCUGCGCCGCCGGCAAGGACGUGAACGCGACGUUGCACAACGAGAACAGUGUCUUCCCGCGCCGGCACCAUGCCAAGGGGGCCGGAUCGGAACGGCCGCGCGGAGGCGGCGGUGGAGCCGGCGGUGCCACCAGUGCCAAUGGCAGCGGAGCUGCUGGGCUGCUGGACGAGGAGACUGGCGAACGCGGACCGCUCGUCAGCAGGGUUGACACCUCUACCACUGCCAUCACCAUGACGUCACGCUCCAACAUCACCGUCAGCAGCGAAGCCCGUGAGAGUACGCCUGGGGUCUCCAAGGUGGAUGGUCUGCUGCAGCCAACACAGGUGUAAUGCGACCAUCUCUGCUAGUGUACUGACCGUCAAAUGGGCAAUCGCCUCUGCCGCUACAUCUACAAAAGGUUUUCGUUUCAAUAGCCCAUUCGUCCUACUAGUCCCCUGGAUCACUUCCCACUCGUUGCUGACCCUCGUUGCUGACCCUGUCCUUUUACAACCUCUUUUCUCAUUUCCGGCGCAAUAGUGUGACAUGAGCCACAAUACACUGAAGCUGGAGUCACCUUGUUCGGAAAUGCCAUCAGGCGAAAUAACGCUGAAUGGUGAGCUUGGUUUUUCGACCAGAACAUCUCCAACACAUUCAUUUGUUCAAGACACCCAGCUGCCUGAAGGAGGGGUAUUUGAACAGCUGAGCCAUCCCACUGUAAUCUCUAGACAAUUCUUUAGCAGAAAUACAAAUUAUAUUGGUCGACAGCUAGCCUUUCGUGUUGACAGCAUGCCAUUUCAUUGUUCACAUUGCGAGCGAGGUUUCAGGUAAAUAUUUCCAAACAAAUCCGACACUUCUGUAAUGGGUACUGGAGUGAUCCGUGAAAUGCUCUUUGCUGGGUCAGGACUUGAAUUUCUCUUCUAAAACAAGAUCAGAGGAUGCCUCCAAAAUUAAAUUUUCACUAUCCCUCUUUCUCAUCCUCCCUAAACCUCCAAUCCCAUGUGACGGCAGCAAGGCAGUGUUAAUGGGCGGAACCCCCAGCUAGUGGGUUUGUACUGUCAGGAUGAAUCUCUGUGUACGCAGGGAAAUCUGUUACUACAGUGCUAUUCUAGAACCUCGUGACCUGGUUCUGAGACGACUUCGAGCACGUACUUUCAACCGGUGUUUUACGUUUCAGUUUACACUUAUAUCUGAUCUUCGUUUGUGGUGAUAAUCUGUUUCCUCAUCAUGCGUCAGAUUCUGGUUGUUUGCUAAUGACUUUCGAAGAAAUUUAAGGAAGCAUUAAUCACUGUGGACGAUGAGAGAGGUCACUCUUUACUGCAGAACAUAUCUCAUCAUUGUUUGUCAGUUUUUGAAAUGAGAAGUCAACUGUGCAGAUUGACACAAGGUUGGAUUUUACAUAGAACAUACAGAGACGCUGUUAAUAGUUAUUAGCCCAAGAUUAAUAGGAGGAGACAUAUACAUGGACUGUUUUUCAUAUCAGCCACUUGCGCAAUGUGGUUACAAUAUCCGAUACAUCUGAUAACAGUAGGGUUCUGUGUUUCUGCGUCCAUGGCCUUUAAGACUGUGGACAACGUUUUUGUGAGAAUAUGUGUUUCAUAUCGCGUGUUUAAGGAUCUGACUUUCAGAUUAUUCAAUAGCUUUACGUUUCGUUCACCAAGAAAACAAUCUGUGAAAGAUUCUGUCUAUGGUACUUCAUAAAAUCUAGAAAAUACUACAUACGUGUUAACUAGUAAUUCCAGUCAGUAGUAAAAUUUCAUUGUCAACUUGUACACAUUUGUAACUAUUUUAAUCACUCUCAUCUCAUUCUGGUCGGCCAACAAUUUUCCAAUAUCUCAAUUAAUUUUGUCUGAUGGUGGAAUUCGAUAAACCUGACACAGUAACCGACCAUAAUGAGACACUUGCGAACACAGAUUUUGCAGCAAUUUCCAAUGCGUUAUGCGAGUUUGAAAGGUGGUACCAUAUGAAUGACCACUUGUUUUCUCGACCUAUUGUUGCCACGUUAUCUUUAUACUUCAUAACGGUGGCCUGGAAACUCACUCCACAGCAAUUACUUUUAUGCUGUAACACUGUGAACGCCUGAUUUCCCGUUCUGUUCGCACCCCGUUGUUUAGAUUAGAAAUACAGUGUUAUGUGGUACAGCGAUACGUUCCAAAAAAAUUAUAAUCUAACAGGAGAAACAUGUAGAAUAAAUGUUUUGUAAUUCUUAUCACUAGCUUUUAUUGUACGUUUUUCUUUGGGAAAUGUAAAAGAAAAGCUCAUAGUAUUAUAGGGUCUUUGAAUUUACCAAAAUAACAAAUGCAUCUCAGACUUCCGAAGAAAUGUAAAUAGUAUCUGAUAUGUGCGUAUAUGUUACGUGAUAUAGCUACGUAAGUUACUGACAUCCUCCCAAGUGUCUGACGAGUGAUUUUGUGGACUCUUUGUAGGAUGUUCUUCUUCGACGCCUACAUAAUAAUUAUGAGGAAUAUGUGACAAUGAAUCAUCCAUAUGGCUAAAAUAGUUGCUACAGCCUUCUAGAAACUGCAUUUUUCAUGUUCCACGACGGACCCAUCACUAGAUUUCCUAACAGUCAAGUCAAUGUUUCACCGUCUGGAUACAAAAAUGUAUCGAUUGAGAUUUUAUGUGCCAUAACUGAAGGCCAAAGACGAUUUUGAUGACGACCGAGAAGUAUGGAGACUGGAUGAACACUGGGAUAUGAUAUCAUUUUGAAUUAUAUCACAGAACAUCCCUCAGGUUAUGUAGCUCAGUGAUAGCCAUAUGUAUCAUCGUUGUCCGAAUUUUUAUGUAACAAGACUGUAGAACUAUUUAUAUUUGUUUUCUAACAUUUACAUGGUUUGUAAAUAACAAUUGCUGAAGUUGUUGACGUUACCUAAGAUUUGUAUUUACGCAUAUUUAUGUGAUAUUGCAUAUAUUGUCAUGCCUUUGGUGUUUGCAUACAUCCUAUCGGUAAGGGAAUGUAGUGUGAUCAGCAAGAUUUCUUAAUUGAGCCCAUGAAAUUUUGCUUUCAUAUUACGUUUCUUUACUGCAGUGUAUUAUUAGUCUUGUGUGUAUGUCAGUCUACAACGGGAACCAAUUACAGUGACACACAUGUAUGGAAGAAUUGUUAUGUACUGCGAUGUGAUAUUCUUAUAAAAGAACGUGAGAUUGUAACUACUAAAAACAAGGAAUGCAGGGUUUACUUCCAUUGUGAAGCAAUGGAGUUUAGAGUCGUUAUUGUAUGUGUGUAUGUAUCUGUCAUGUAUUUUUGUACAAAUACAGAAUUCGAUAUAUGUAUAUGUAAGAAAUCAGUCUAAGAAGGUGUUGUCAAGAAUGUAAAGUAAUGAUGUAUACUAAUGUAAUCAUAAAUAUCCUCACACGAAGCUACUUGAUGCACAUGUUUGCCAGUCCACGAUAUCAUCUGAUCUCAGAGCACCUCCCUGCUUCUUCGGACCCAAAGAAUCCAUCCCUUAAGUAUGUAAAUG